AUGCCCGUGUCAAAGGAAGUAGUCCAGGAUAUCCUCAAGGCGAUCCCAGCCCGCAUCCGCGGUCCAGGCGGUGCUGUCGCCGUCCUCUCAGAUGGAGCCCUCGUUGACCAGCGCGUCUGGGGUUACGCCGACUUCAACCGCAGAAUCCCCAUGACGGAUGAUACGCUAAUUCCCAUAUGCUCGAUCUCAAAACAGAUGCUCUGUGGAUUGGUUGCAGACCUAGAAAAGAACCCCACGCCGAAAUUGGCGGAGAAGGGAGACGUGAAGACGCAGUUUGAGGAGAAGUUGAAAGAGGUUCUUCCGGAGCUUGCCAAGACUGGAGAGUUGAAGAUUGACCAUUUGUGUAACAAUCGAUCUGGCAUUCGCGACUACUGGGCUAUCACGCUACUAUGGGGUGCGAAGCCUGAGGAUCCUUACUCUAUUGCUGAGCACAAUGAGAAGGUGUUGAAGACGAUCAAGUCGACCCAUUUCACACCCGGAACGGAGUACUCUUACUGCAACACCAACUUCAACAUUGUAGCACGUGUCGUCGAAGCUACUACCGGGGAGUCGCUCUCAGAUCUCCUUAAUGCACGAAUCUUUGGACCGGCUGGUAUGGAGACUGCUCGGCUUGGUGCAGACACGGCGAAACUCCCACCGCCUUGCGUUGGAUAUGAGGGCGAUGAGGACAGAGGUUAUAUUCCUGCCGAGAACCGCAUCGAGUGGGCUGGCGACGCAGGUAUCAUCGCUUCACUCGGCGACAUGAUCGCUUACGAGUCGUUCCUCGAUCGUAGCCUGUUCGAUCCUACCAGCUGGUACCGCGCAAUCUUCAAGCCUACAUCUUUCACAGACGGUGUUCCUUCGAUAUACUCCCAGGGUCUUGGUCACAGUCAAUACGGCAGUGUAGCUGGAAUCGGCCACGGCGGCGCUCUUCGUGGUUUCAGACUUUAUCGAGCUCAUGUCCCAGAAGAGCGUCUUUCAGUUGUGGCCAUGUUCAACCAUGAAGCUGAUGCUGCAACACUCGUCGAACAUAUCAUCCAGACUACUCUGGCUCUUCAGAAGCCUCCACCACCUACACUUGUUGAUGCAUCACCUGCCUGGCCGGGUAUCUAUCUUGACGAUGGAACUCAACUGGCUGUCACGAUCAAGAAUGGUAAAAAGGGACAGAUCGUGGUGAACUACGCCAACUAUGCUGAGCCCGUCAAUCUGACGGACCCUGAACGUGGAGAAUCUCGUGCGAUGGUAGCUGUGGUCGAUGGGGACAAUCUUCGCAUUCACCGCCUGAAGGAGAACAGAACCCUAAACGCAAAGCGCCUCAAGAUUGGCGACACACCCGUUGACAACUCAGUUUUCACGGGAGACUUUUACUCCGAAGAGAUUGGCUCAACAUUCCACUGCGUGGACCAAGGUGGGCUCAUGUUUGGUACGUUUGAGGGGUUCUUGGGUCAUAGCCCGGCUCAGUUCAUGAGAUAUCUUGGAGGGGACGUCUGGGCCCUUGCGAACCCGAGAGGUAUGGAUGCGAAGCCUCCUGGGGACUGGACGCUCGUAUUCCAUCGAGACGAGACGGGUGGUGUUACUGGAGUGACGAUUGGAUGUUGGUUGGCGAGGAAGAUUGAGUUUGUGAAGAGGUGA